AUGGGGAUGCUUGACAGUCUGGUGGCGCUUUUCCGAGUGUCUUGGACCCCCGGAGGAGCGGCACGGACCUGUUUUAUUCUACCAACUAUUGUCGCCUUCAUUUUCAAGGUCGAGGGUGGAGACACUGGUAAGCAGGCUGCACGUCGCGGCCGUCUUCAAGAAGACUGUAGGCGAUGGGGCAGACCAACCGGGCGCGUGGCGGCAAGGCCGCUCAAAAAGGCGCAACGACGCAACCGUCUUCAACCACAGACAACGGCCAGCCCGUACAGACGGCCGCAGCAGGCAGUGCCGCAGGCAAUCGCGCUGCCAACCAUCGAGGAGCCGCGCAAAGCUUACAGGUCAACCACAUCCCAAACCAACCGCUCUCAAGGUCACGGCCAGUAUGCAGGCAUUAUUCCCUCUAGCCCGGUGAACUACCAGAACGACGCCAACAACCGGUACGUCGUCAACCAGUCUGGUAUGAAUCAGUUUGGCACGAACCAAUCCCAUCAUGAUCCCAAUGCCAACUUCGCUGGAGCCACACAGUGGGGAAGCAAUAGCUCCUACAACCCCGUGAACCACCAUAACGACGGCAACAACCAGUAUGACAUCGAUCAGUAUGAUAUCAACCAGUUUGGCAUGAACCAGCCCUACUAUGGUCCCAAUGCCACCUAUGCCGCCAAUCCCCAGUCUGGAGGCAAUAGCUCCAAUGGCCCUAUGGACCACCUGAACGAUACCUCCAACCAGUACAGCGUUAACACUCACUUCGCCGCCAACCCCCAGGCUGAAUCUGGAAGCAACAGCUUAUAUAACCCCGUGAGCCACCAGAACGAUGCCAACAACCAAAAUGGCGGCAACCAGUUUGGCAUGAACCAACCCAACUAUAGUCCCAACGCCACCCAUGCCGCCAGCCCCCAGACUACAAGCAACAGCUCCUAUAGCCCCAUGAACCACCUGAACGAUGCCCCCAAUCAGUAUAACGUUAACACCAACUUCGCCGCCACCCCCCAGUCCGCGGCUGCUCAGGCUGUGAACAACCAAAUCAUGAACACCCAAAUUUCCGACAAUCAACAGAUCCAAAACAACUACUUCCAUCCGCCCCUUGAAGCCAACGACGUCUUCGGCGGAAGCAACCCAAAUGGCAUUCUGGAUACCAACAAUGGCCUUCAUGGACAGGUCCAUGGACACGAUGUCCAACCUCCCAACAGCGCCGUCUAUGGUCAAGGCUUUGUCGACAUAACGAAUGCCGAUAAUGUCGGGGCAUACAUGCCGCCCAAUGCACCCUUGCCACUUGCUGGCCACAACUCCUACCACCAACACAGCCUCGCCGGGGAGGAUCACACCGCCCCUCAUCUCCAACACAGUUGGCCGGUACCUCCGGCCCGGCCGCCCCGAUUCCCGAUCGCACCCGCCGGACCUCGUGCAUGCAAAGGCAGGCGCCAAAACGGCAUCCAUCGACCCUGCGCAAGGGCGGAUGGUGGCCUGUGUGAGGCCUGCUUCGUGGAUAAGCGGAACAACGCCAACCUACGAAAGAACGGUCAAGGCAAGGGUCGGAAGGGCAAGAAGGGAGGAGGCAGUGGUGAUGAUAUUCCGAGAGGCGGUCCGGGCGGUGGCCCCCCGAAGGGUAACGGCGGUGGAGGUGGAUCGGGCCCGGCUCCUGGCGCUGGAGCUGUCGGUGUCGUAUUGAGCGGCAUCGAUCAGAUGGCGUACUAG